UAGUUUUCAUCGUUCUCCUUGAUCUAUUUGAUCGCUUGCUGGAUUCACAAGAAUCUGAGGGGAUUGUAGUUUCAAGGUGUCAUAUUUCAGCUGAUUGUUCUAUGAUCGACAUUAUGUGGAAUAUCUUCUCUCUCAAUAGUUGCAUACAUGUAUAUAGAACAUAGAAAGGCGAGAUGUCCAUGAUGUAUGUGUAGGAUGAACCAAAUCCUCAUUGGAUUUUGUUUGUCCAGGAUACCCAUAUAGUCACUCCAAAAAUCAUUCCCUAAUGAACUGGACAAUCAGUGGAUUUCUACCAACAAAGAAAAAAGUUAUAAUUUGAAUAAGAAAUUUUUAAAUGGACUUGAAGUUUCAACUUUUAUUUCAAUUGAGUUUUGCUUCUUGUAUUGUGUUCUGGUAGUAUGACCAUUAUACUGGUGAUAUGAAAUUACUACAAAUCCCUCUUAUCAUUUUACAAUGCUGCAUCAUCUUUCUAAAGCUAAGUCACUUAUACACAUCAAGCAAUUAUGGUUUAACUAACUAGUUUUCAUCAUACUCCCUGGUCUGUUUGAUUGCUAGCUGGAUGCACGAAAAUCUGAGGAGAUACUAGUUCCAUGGGUCAUAUUUGAGCUGUUAAAGAUCGAUAAAUUGUUCUGUGACCAGAAGUUCAACUUCUAUUUCAAUUGAGUUUUUCUUCUUGCAGGCCCAUGCAUACUCUGGGAUGCUCUAACUAGUGUUACGGGUGUGGUGUCAUCUGAGAUUGGUGAUGGAGAGAUUUCCGCGGUUAGCACAGCGCGUUCUUUCUGUGCCAUUCACUCCAAAAUACUUGAAAUCUUGUAAGAAAACGAAUCCUCUGACCUCCCACUUAAUGCAACUCCGUGGCUCCCAGAGACCAGUAUUCAUACAAUGGAAUCUGCAGGGAAGACCUUCUGUAUGCACUGACUUAGUAUCCAAGAGAAAUUACAGUUCUACCACUGCUCGAGCAGGUUGGUUUCUGGGUUUAGGAGAGAAAAAAAAGCAAGUCAUGCCUGACAUUGUGAAAGCCGGUGACCCUGUUCUCCAUGAACCAUCUCAGGACGUUCCUCUUGAGGAGAUUGGGUCAGAACGAAUCCAAAAGAUUAUAGAUGAGAUGGUGAAGGUUAUGAGAAAUGCACCCGGUGUUGGUCUUGCCGCUCCUCAAAUUGGUAUUCCUUUGAAGAUAAUUGUGCUGGAAGACACAAAUGAGUAUAUAAGCUAUGCUCCUAAAGAUGAAACCAAAGCACAGGACAGACGUCCAUUUGAUCUCCUGGUUAUUAUAAAUCCAAAGCUUAAAAAGAAAGGCAAUAAAACUGCAUUGUUUUUCGAGGGGUGCUUGAGUGUUGAUGGGUUCAGAGCGGUUGUGGAAAGACACCUACAGGUAGAGGUUACUGGUUUGGAUCGAAAUGGCGAAGCAAUCAAAGUAGAUGCUUCAGGAUGGCAGGCUCGCAUUUUGCAGCACGAAUAUGACCACCUAGACGGAACUAUUUAUGUUGACAAGAUGUUUCCUAGAACCUUCAGGACUGUAGAGAACUUGGACUUGCCUCUUGCAGCUGGCUGUCCUAAAUUGGGAGUGUGCUAGGUCCACUACCUCAAGCGACUCGUUGUGAACUGAAUUAUCAAUAUCUUGCUUGGGAAUGGGAUCGCUGGUUACGUUACUCAGAUGACUGUGAUGUUUAGAAAACAAUUAAGGAGCUGCAGACGAUGACUUCCCCAUCUUGUGGGAUAUUGAAGUACUUGGAUUCAGAAAUGAGGUAGCAAAUAGGUGUGUACAUUAAGCCGUUUACAAAGAUUCAUUUUUUUGAAUGGUAUACUGUUUCUCUUUCUGUUAUGGUAUACUUCAAAGCUGAUACUGUUAAUGCACAGCAGAAAAAGAGAGG